UCUCAAUCCUCUUUUUUCCCACUAGCUUCCACAUAUGGCAUAAAACAUAUGGUACUUGUCUUUUUGAAUCUGGCUUAUUUCGCUUGACAUGAUCACUUCAGUUCCAUCUACUUACUACAAAUGACGUAAUUUUGUUCAUCUUUAUGGCAGAAUAAAGCUCCAUUGUGUAUGUAUACUACAUUUUCUUUAUCUGUUCAUCUGUUGCUGAAUACCUAGAUUGAUUCCAUAGCCUGACUGUAGUGAAUUAUGCUUUGAUAAACAUGGGUAUGAAUGUAUCUCUUAUGUAUGCUGAUUUUAAUUCUUUUGGAUAAAUACCAGAGUGAUAUAGCUGGAUGAUACGGUACUUCUAUUUUUAGUUUUAUGAGACACCUCCAUACUGAUUUCCAUGUGGGCUGUAGUAAUUUAUAUUCCCACCAAUGGAGUAUAGAGUAUAAGAAAGUUCCUUUAUCCCAGUGCCCUCUCUAGCACAGAUGUGAAAAUGUUAAAAUGCUACUGUUCUUGUGAACCUUCUUUCACGGGAGGUGUAUUAGUCAUAUUUCUGUUACCGUAACAAGAUACCUGAGACGAUAAGAAAGAUUUAUUUUGGCUUACCGUUUUGGAGGCUUCAGUCCAUGACAGAUUUGCCCUGUUGCUUUUGUCCUGUGGUAGAGCAGUAUAUCAUGGCAGGAGUGUUGGCAGUGUUUGGCAGCUCAUCUCAUGAUGGCCAAGAACAAAAGAAGGUGCUGGGGAUUUUCCAAGGGCAUGUCCGCAAUGACCUAACUUCCUCCCACUAAACUCUACCUCUUAAAGGUUCUACCACCUUCCAAUAGCACAUGACUGGGGACCAAGCCUUUAACACAUGAGCCAUUGAGGGACAUUUAAGGAGGGGAUGCCCUUAUAAACUCAUUUCGUUAUUUUUGCCUACUUGAUGUUUUUCAUUAUAUAUUAAUAAAUUGAUAUUCUGGUAUAUUAGAAAUGGUGAUGCUUUCAGGUAUCUUACUGAACAUUAUAAAUGCUACAGAUUUUCUCUUGCAUGAUUAUUGGCCAACUUUUCUUUGUAUAAGAAAGCAGAAAAAAUACUCUUAGUUACAUGAGCAGGUAGGAAGCCCUUCUCCCAUCCUAUAGGAGAAAAACAGAUGUGAAUUUUUUUGACUGUUGCAUAUUAUACAUUGAGUUUCAUUGUGGCCUAUUGGUACAAACCUGCAACAUCAUUUGAUCAAUUUUACUCCCAGGUACCUCCCUUCCUCCCAAACCCAGAUCCCCCCCAUCCUAUUGGUCUCCCUCCUACUUUUUUUCUUUUUUUAGUAUUUAUUUUUUAGUUGUAGAUGGACGUAAUACCUAUAUUUUAUUUAUUUAUUUUUAUGUGGUGCUGAGGAUCAAGCCCAGGGCCUCUCACAUGCAAGUUAUCUUGAUCAAGUCUGACAUGGGUAUCACUGGGCUAAAAUCAAGCUACCAAUAAUACUUCAUUCUGUCCUGGAGGAUCUCAAGGAAAAUCAGCUUCCUGGAUUUUUCUGUCUUCUACAGGGAGGUCACAAAUCAAUUGAGUCAAAAAGCAUCCGGGGUUUUCUUCAGUUACAAACAAAAUGAAUCUUCCCGCGCUCCUACUGCAUCCUCACCAGCAUUUCCUAAAAGGCCUGUUAAGGACACCUUUCCCUGGUUACCACUUCACCUUUCACUCAAGUGCUCAUCUCCUGUCAGGAAUCCCGUGUGCUCAGCCAUUUAAGUCGCUCGGACUCCAUUGUACAAAGUGGAUGCUGUUGUCAAAUGGCUUAAGGAGGAAAUUAUGUGUACAAGCAACCUUAAAGGACCACAUGGAAGGACUUUCUGAUAAAGAACAAAGAUUUGUGGAUAAACUUUAUACUGGCUUAAUCCAAGGGCAAAGGGCCUGCUUAGCAGAGGCCAUAACUCUUGUAGAAUCGACUCACAGCAGGAAAAAGGAGUUAGCCCAGGUGCUUCUUCAAAAAGUAUUAAUCUACCACCGAGAACAAGAACAAUUAAAUGGAGGAAAACCACUAGCAUUUAGAGUGGGAUUGUCUGGACCCCCUGGUGCUGGAAAAUCAACAUUUAUAGAAUAUUUUGGAAAAAUGCUUACUGAGCGAGGGCACAGAUUAUCAGUGCUAGCUGUGGACCCUUCUUCCUGCACUAGUGGUGGAUCGCUCUUAGGAGAUAAAACCCGAAUGACGGAGUUAUCAAGAGAUAUGAAUGCAUACAUCAGGCCAUCUCCUACCAGAGGGACUUUAGGAGGUGUGACAAGAACCACAAAUGAAGCUAUCCUGUUGUGUGAAGGAGGGGGGUAUGACAUCAUUCUUAUUGAAACUGUAGGUGUGGGUCAGUCAGAGUUUGCUGUUGCUGACAUGGUUGACAUGUUUGUCUUACUACUGCCACCAGCAGGAGGGGAUGAAUUGCAGGGUAUCAAAAGGGGUAUAAUUGAGAUGGCAGAUCUGGUAGCUAUAACUAAAUCUGACGGAGACUUGAUUGUGCCAGCUCGAAGGAUACAAGCAGAGUAUGUGAGUGCACUGAAAUUGCUCCGCAAGCGCUCAGAAGCUUGGAGACCAAAGGUGAUUCGUAUUUCUGCCAGAAGUGGGGAGGGGAUCACAGAAAUGUGGGAUAAAAUGAAAGAAUUCCGGGACCUGAUGCUUGCCAGCGGGGAGCUGACUGCCAAAAGACGGAAGCAGCAGAAAGUUUGGAUGUGGAAUCUCAUUCAGGAAAAUGUGUUAGAGCAUUUCAGGACCCAUCCUACUGUCCAAGAACAGAUUCCCCUUCUGGAAAGAAAGGUUCUCAGUGGGGCCUUGUCCCCAGGACUAGCAGCAGACUUGUUGUUGAAAGCUUUCAAAAGCAAAGACUAAUGAAAUACAUCCUAUAUCAUGAUGCUACAUAUUGUUUCAUAAUGUGUUUUAAAAUAAAAAAAAUCACUUGUAUGUUUA